AUGAAAAACCCAUUUAAGCCAAUAUUUGUAUCAAGGAAAACCAUCACCUUCAAUUCAAGAUUUCUAAGAUCCCAAAUUCUUUCACGUUACCUUCAAUCGGUAAUGGCAACAACAAAUGAAAAUCAACAGAUUGAAUCAACGGUUGUUAGAAAACAAGGAGAGGAAGAAUCGAAGAAGAAGACCUCUCCUCCGCUGCCACCGCCGCCCGAGAAGCCGGAGCCAGGAGAUUGUUGUGGGAGUGGGUGUGCUAGAUGUGUUUGGGAUGUUUAUUAUGAGGAACUUGAGGAAUAUGACAAGCUUUAUAAAUCUAAUUCUUCGAAAUCUUAG